UCGUAGCUCAUCCACCCAAUCCACCUUCUAGAAAAAGCCGAGGGCGCGUACGCGAAAUCCCCAAACCUAGUUAUAGUUGUUGUCCUCCUCUUUAGCUUUGUCCUGUUCUUUUCAUCUCUUUCGUCCCUUCUCCUCUAUUCUCUCUUCUCCAUCCACUCGAUUAAUAGCAGUAAUACUCAUAAUCAUCAUCCAUCGAUGGAGCCGUUGGAGGAGGCGGUGGAGGAGUACAGCUGGAGGGAGGUGGUGCUGCCAUCGCUGAUUCCGGUGGUGCCGGAACCGGAGCUGGAGAGGGAGACCGGCGAGCGGCGGCGGGGGAGGGACAUCCUCAUCGCGGUCGACCACGGGCCCAACAGCAAGCACGCCUUCGACUGGGCCCUCGUCCACCUCUGCCGCCUCGCCGAUACCCUUCACCUCAUCCACGCCGUCUCCAGUGUGCAUAACGAUCUGGUGUACGAGACAAGCCGGGAGCUGAUGGAGAAGCUGGCGGUCGAGGCCUUCCAGGUGGCCAUGGUGAGGACGAAGGCCAGAAUCGUGGAAGGUCACGCCGGGAAGGCGAUAUGCGGAGAGGCGGAGAAGCUGAAGCCGGCGGCCGUCAUCAUGGGCACCCGUGGCCGCAGCAUCCUCCAGAGCGUGCUGCAAGGCAGCGUCAGCGAAUAUUGCUUCCACAAUUGCAAAGCAGCACCUGUCAUCAUCGUCCCCGGCAAAGAUGCUGGCGAACAGUCUGUGAUCUAAUCGCCCAUGACAUCCGGCAAGCUAUUCUUCCAGCCCUCUUUGUUUGUUUUUACCAGUGUGUUGUAUUCAUGCGUCUGGAUUUCAUCGUAUGUAUGAACAUGUAAGAGUUUGUUUGGUGGUUUGCGUUUUCAUUUGGGUGCCA